AUGUCUUUUUCGAAUAAUGUGCCGACCCAGCGGCGAAACCCGUUCUCGAGGACAGAUUCCCCAGCUCCUGUGCAGGCCACCAACGGCCGGCCCAAGUCUGCGCUCUUCUCUCCUCAAGCGCCAACCAGUCCUUCACAUAAGCGAUCUCACUCGGGCAAUCCCCUGGGAGUAGUAUUGACUCCCCCAGCCAUGAAGAAUGGGCGACGCGACUCACGAAGCGGUACGCCCACUUCGGGUACGUUUGCUCCCGCCUUCAUUAAGACAGAGGAAAUGAUGCGGGGUUACGACACCGUCAAAGGUAUCGAAGGCGAGAACGAUUUUUCUGGCAAGCGCUACGUGUGGCUUAAGGAUCCCGUGGAAGCUUUUGUCAAAGGAUGGGUCGUACAAGAGAAGCCAGAUGGCAAUCUGGUAGUCCAGGUCGACGACGGCAGUCAACGAGAAGUCGAUCCCGAAGCUUUUGACAAAGUCAAUCCUACUAAAUUCGACAAAGCCAACGAUAUGGCGGAGCUCACGCAUCUAAACGAAGCCUCUGUAGUGCACAACCUCCGCAUUCGAUAUCAGUCCGACCUCAUCUACACAUACUCUGGCCUCUUCCUCGUCACUGUCAACCCGUACUGCCCAUUACCUAUAUAUACAACUGAGUACGUCAACAUGUACAGAGGAAGAAGCCGAGAGGACACCAAACCACACAUCUUUGCUGUUGCAGACGAAGCAUUCCGCCAUUUAGUCGACGAAGGGUCCAACCAGAGUAUCCUAGUUACCGGUGAAUCUGGAGCGGGUAAAACUGAGAAUACAAAAAAGGUCAUUCAGUAUCUUGCCGCGGUGGCUCAAUCCGACUCGUCUAUUAGAAACCGCAGCCAACGUACGAACCUUUCCCAACAAAUCCUCCGCGCCAAUCCAAUUUUGGAGGCUUUUGGUAAUGCGCAGACUGUUCGAAACCACAAUUCAUCCCGUUUCGGCAAGUUUAUUCGAAUUGAAUUCAAUCGCAACGGCGCAAUUACCGGCGCCCAUAUCAACUGGUAUCUGCUCGAAAAGUCCAGAGUCGUUCGCAUUAACAGCCAAGAACGCAACUACCAUAUCUUUUACCAGCUUCUCAAAGGCGCAAACUCCCGUAUGAAGAAGGAUUUCAUGCUCGACGGUUGCGAUACGGGCGACUUUGCCUACACUCGCGACGGAAACGACAGCAUUGUUGGGGUCUCGGACACGGAAGAGUGGGACACACUUAUGGAGGCUUUCCAAGUCAUGGGCUUUUCCGAACAAGAUCAAACGGCCAUUUUGCGGACCAUCGCAGCUGUUUUGCACCUCGGCAACGUUCAAGUCAUGAAGGAGAGUCGAAGCGCAGACCAGGCUUCGCUCUCUGCCGAAGCGAAGGCGCAAGUGAACAAGGUCUGCAAACUUCUCGGUGUCCCCGCAGAGUCCUUUAUUCGUGGUCUAUUGCAUCCCAAAGUCAAGGCCGGACGGGAAUGGGUAGAGAAGGUGCAGACCCCCGAUCAGGUCCGUCUCGCUCUCAAUGCCCUAGCCAAGGGUAUCUACGAGCGUGGAUUUGGUGACUUAGUUUCUCGAAUCAACCACCAGCUUCACAGCUCCGGUAUGGGACCUGAGGAAUCGCACUUUAUCGGAGUACUGGACAUUGCUGGGUUUGAAAUAUUCGACCACAACAGUUUUGAGCAGUUGUGCAUCAAUUAUACCAACGAGAAACUGCAGCAAUUCUUCAACCAUCACAUGUUUGUGCUGGAGCAGGAAGAGUAUGCCAGGGAGCAAAUUGAGUGGCAAUUCAUCGAUUUUGGUCGUGAUUUGCAACCAACCAUUGAUCUCAUUGAGCUCUCCAACCCAAUUGGUAUCUUUUCCUGCCUGGACGAAGACAGCGUCAUGCCCAAGGCUACCGACAAGACUUUCACUGAGAAGCUCAACUCUUUGUGGGAGAAAAAGACUCCCAAGUACCGUCCCUCCAGACUUGGCACGGGCUUUAUUCUCACCCACUACGCUGCCGAGGUCGAAUACGACACUGGGGGCUGGCUUGAGAAGAACAAGGACCCUCUAAACGAUAACAUCACACGGCUGCUUGCUACAUCAGGCGACAAGCAUAUCGCUGCAUUGUUUGCCGACUGCGCUGAUCCGGAAGAUGAGAUUGGCGGAGGUCGCAACCGGGUCAAGAAGGGAUUGUUUCGAACCGUGGCUCAACGCCAUAAAGAGCAACUUCACAACCUAAUGACCAAGUUGCAUUCUACACAUCCUCACUUUGUGCGCUGUAUUCUUCCAAAUCACAAGAAGCGCCCCAAAACAUUUAGCAACCUCCUUGUGUUGGACCAGCUGCGCUGCAACGGUGUGCUUGAGGGCAUUCGAAUUGCUCGAACUGGUUUCCCUAAUCGCCUUUCAUUCGACGAGCUUCGCCAGAGAUACGAGGUUCUCUGCUCCAAUAUGCCCAAGGGGCACCUGGAUGGCCAGACAGCAGCUACUAUUAUGCUUGAGAAACUUGCUCUGGAUAAGGCUCUCUAUCGCGUUGGCCUCACAAAGGUUUUCUUUCGUGCUGGCGUGUUGGCCGAGUUGGAAGAGCAGCGUGAUGCGCUGAUUACCGAAAUAAUGUCUCGGUUUCAAUCGGUUGCGCGAGGCUUUGUCCAGCGGCGCGCGGCGUAUAAGCGACUAUUCCGAACAGAGGCUACGAGAAUCAUUCAGAAAAACUUCAACGUGUAUCUCGAUCUGGUAGAGAAUCCCUGGUGGCAUCUGAUCGUUAAAAUGAAACCGAUGCUUGGAUCUACAAGAACUGCUUCAGAGGUGAAGAAAAGAGACCUCAUGAUUCAACAGCUAAAGGAGACUAUGCGCUUCGAGCUGGAGAAUAAGAAGAAGAUUGAGGAGGAGCGACGUAACUGCGUGACCGAGAUUGCCCGUGUCCAGCAAACUCUGGAGAGUGAACGAGCUCUCGCGUUGGACAAGGAAGAAAUCUUCAAACGACUUCAGCAGCGGGAGAUUGAGCUUGAAGAGAAACUUUCUGGUGCUUUGGAGGAUCAAGAGCGUCUGGAAGAUGAGCUGGAUGAAAUCAUGGAAGCCAAGGUGCGCGCCGAACAAGACCUCGAAAGGCAUCGUACCCAACUCGCCCAAGCCGCGAGCUUGAUUGCGAAAUUGGAGGAAGAAAAGAAGACGCUUUCGACAAGGUCUGCCGAUCUCGAGAAAUCACUUGAGGAUAUUUCACGAAAGCAAUCCGAACGUUCGGAGCAGGAGGAAACUCUUGAGCGCGAGAUCAAGAUGCUCCAAAGUCAAUUGUCCCUGAAGGACCGCAAAGCACAGGACCUGGAGAGCAAGCUUCUCAAGAUCGACCAGGAAGUGCAAGUCAAACUCCACGAGACGCAAAAAGAGCUAGACUUGACCAAAACCCGCGAAGCACGUGCGGUCCGAGAAAACCAAGAUAUCCAGAAGCAGCUUGCACAACUUUCCAAAACUUCUACCGAGUACGAGGAUCUCGUUCGCGACAAGGAAAGCGAGCUGUCACUGCUCCGCAGCGACAAGAGACAAUUCGAGUCUGAGCGCCGUGGUUUCGAGACGCAAAAGAGAGCCUUGACUGAAGACUUUGAAAAGACAACUACCAAGUCUCGCGAAAUUCAGGCCGAACUCGUUGCUCUGAAAUCCAAGCACUCUCAGCUCGAAAGAGAGUCCGAGGAUGCCAAGAAUCUGCUUGAAGCACGCCUAUCUCAGGAUGCCCAAGCCGAUAGGACCAGACAACAGCUCGAAUCUCAAAUCAAGGGUCUUAAAGAAGAGCUGUAUCAGACACAAAUGGAUCUCAGCCGAGAGAGGCAGUCCCGUGACGAUGUCUUGCUGUUGGGUGAGCACAAAUAUGACGCUCUCAAAGACGAAUUCGACAACCUCAACGAGUCCAAGAUUAUCAUUGAAAAAGAGCUCUAUGUGCAGCAGGAUUCUCUACGCAGACACGUGGAAACUCGCAAGGUUGUUGAGCAGGAGCGCGACGACGCCCGCGUCGAAAUCCGCAAACUGCGGGCUGCCAAGGCGGAGAUUGAAGAAGCCCGUGUUCUCGCCGAGGAGAAGCGUGAACUUCAAGCAUUGAAGACCGCAAAGGAUCGCGAAGCCAGCUUGCAACGAGACCUCGACGCCGCUCAAUCUCGCCUUGGUUGGUUUGAGGAUGAGUGUGCCAAGCUUACACGUCACAUUGAGGGCCUGAACAAGACCAUGCUUGCUUCUGGCGAAUUCGGACUGAAGCAUGACCAGGCCAAGGACCGCAUGGAGCGAGAGCUGACGACUGUCAAGAGCCGACUUGCAGCAUCCGAGAAUGACAACCGGGCUCUCUUGAACAAGUUACAGCAGAAAGGUCUCGAGAUUGCCCGGUCCACCUCCAAGGCCAGCGAUGCGUCUCGCGGACAAGUUCUAUCUCUGCAGAAAGAAAAGACAAGAUUGGAAGAACAUAAUGCUGUUCUGGACAGGCAACUAGGCGAGGCUCAAGUAACCAUUGCUUCGCUUGAAAAGAGGACAGAAAAGCUGCAGCUCGACCUGGAGGAUAUCAACCAUGAGAUGGCGCGAGAAGUCAAGACUAGCCGCAACGCCGAGAAGGCUUCGUCCAACUUUACUGCACAGCUCGCCGAGGCCAACCGUACGCUAGAGUCUGAGCGACAGCUACGCACACAAGCUCAGUCGACCGCUUCUCUCUCGUCCCGCGAGCACGAGCUCGGGGAUCUUCGCGAACAUAUGCUCAAGAUUCUCAAGACCGUCGACCCUGAAGCCACACCUCCGCCUAUGGAUGGCGCGAACGAGCGUGGCAUUGCAGUCAAUUUUGAUCUGGUUCGCAAGGUUGAAGAGCUGCAGCAAAACUUGCGCGCCCAGACUGCCGCACGUUUCAACGCUGAGUCUCAGUUGUCUGACCUCCGGGUCUCGCGCGGUGACCCCAACCGCCCCAAACUGGAGGAGAUUCAUGUCAACGAAGCCCCGUUCAACGGCUCGCCUACGCAAAGGAAGAUCAAGGCGCGACGGGUUUCCAACACAACGACACCCACUCGCCGCAACCAACAGCCAGAGCUUGAACUCAUGGACUCUGCUCGCUCUGAUAGGACCGCCGACACUGCGGUGCUGAACAACCGCAUGGACUUGAAGGCGGAAGUGGAAGAACUUCACAACCAGCUCCAGCUCAGAGACAUGCAAAAUCGCCACCUGCAAAGUCAGCUUGACCGCGCAACUCCCGGCCCUGAGAGUGGCUAUGACGAUCAAAGCCCGUCCAUCCGUCGCAUGCAAAAGCUCGAAAAGGCCAACAGUCGCCUACACGACCUGCUGGACGACUCUUCUCGCAAGGUGUCGACUCUCGAGAAGAAUAUCCGUACUGGCGAGCUAUCCCUACGCGAUAUUCAGACGCGGUCCCACGAGGAACUACUCGAUGCCUUCAACAACCAAGAAGAGUCGCGCCGCUCUCUGCUCCACAGUCAUAAGGAUGCUGUAGCAGAGCUCACAGAUGUAAAGUCUCACUUUGAUAAAAUGCGCCACGACCGUGCCAAGCUCGAGGUUGAGGUUCGUGAUGUCAAGUCAGACUUGCAGGAGAUGACGCAGGCCCGCGAGCAAGAGGCACAGAGUCGCAGCCAACUGCUCCAGGAGUAUACCGACCUUCAGAUUCGCCUUGAUGCAGAGACGGCUAGAUUAGCAGACGUGACUUCCAGCCUCGAAACAUACAAGUCGCGUGCAGACGAAUACUUUGGCAAGCUAGAACAAGCCGAAAUCACUGUCCUGAAGGCCACCCGUGCCGAGCAGUUUGCAAAGUCCCAGGCCAGAGAGGCUGAAGACUCUCUAGCCGAGACCAUGGCUGAGCGCGAAAAACUCGAUAAUCAGAUCGAGGACCUGCAGAGACAGAACCAGCGCAUGGAUGAAAAGCUUGAGGACAUUUCGACUGACCUUGAAACGGCACUGCAGUCCAAGAAGCGUCUUCAGCACGAGCUUGAAGAUUACCGCAGCCAACGGGCCAUGGACAUUGAGGACAAGGAAUCCAGCAUGGAGCAGACUCGCAAGAAGUACCAGGCGGAGUUUGCUACCCUGACCAAGGAACUUGAUAUUGCCCGUGAGGAAAAGCUGUACAAGCAAACUGAAAUUACCAGACUUCGAGAAGAGCUCGACGACCUCCGAUCCAAGUGGGACGACGAGGUUCUAAACAGCUCUACUUGGUCCAAGGAGAAGGCUCGUCUGGAGGCAACCCUGUCUGAUGUAUCGGCGUCGCGCGAGGAGGCCACCAAUGCGCACAGCGAAGCUCAAGGCAAGGUCGUAUCUCUGCUGUCGCAAGUACGCACGCUGCGAACCAGCGUCGAUGAGGUUACCGCCGAACGCGAUCGUCUAAUGCGCGAGAAGCGCAGUGUGGAGAGCCGCCUCGAGGAAGCCAAGGCUGGCCUCGACGGUCUCGCCCGCGGCGAUAGUGCAUCACUGCGAGAUGCCGCCAACAUGGACAAGGCGGUCCUUGAGCUCAAGUCAAACUUGGCUAAACAAGAGGACAUUGCCACUGCUGCCGUCGAAAAGAUGCGUCGUUCGGAGGCGCUGGUCGUCGAAAUGCAAAAGGAGGUUGUUACUGAGCGUGAGAACAAUGCGGCCGUGCUCUCCCAAAAGGCAGCCGUGGAACGCACGCUCAACGAGGCACAGCUAAAGCUGGUGGAUCUGGAGACGAAGGGAUUCUCGAGCGCCAGCCAAGAUAUUAGAUUCUCGCACAAGCGAAUUCAAGAGCUUGAAUCCCAACUUGAGAAACACGAGACAGAGAAGUCGCAGUCCCAGCGAUCAACACGCAACGUCGAUCGCGCUGUCAAGGAUCUGCAGGCCCAGGUUGAUCGCAAGGACAGACAAAACACGCAGCUUUCGGAAGACGUCAGCCGGAUGCGCGAAAAGGUCGACAAGCUUCUCAAGACGAUUGACGAACUGCAAGCGUCCGAAUCGGCGACGCAGCUGUUGACACGGCGCGCCGAACGCGACUUACGAGAGGAGAAGGAGAGAACACUGCGCCUGGAGCGCGAGGUGGACAGCUUGAAGACGUUUAAGAGUGGCGGGAGCCUCAGGAGGGGUGGGAGCAUUCGCAGCAGGAUCGAUGCUUUGGGGGUGAUUGAAGACGAAGAGGAGGAUUCGAGCCUGAGCCGUGCGCCGAGCCUGACCAAGGGUUUUAUCUGA